AUGCACUGUGUGGUGGAAAGGUGGCUUCCUUCUGAAAACAUCCUUUGGGGAGUGCCUUUGGUCCUGGAGAGGAGCACGUCAAAAGAGACAGUCACAGGCAGUUUCGCAUCCUUCAUCCACGGCGCCCGCCCUGAUCACCUCUCGGAUGUGGUUCACCAUCGGAGCAAGAGAAUGAUCCUCGACAGCAUCGGGGUGGGGCUGGUGGGCAGCACGACCCACGUCUUUGAUAUUGCUUUGCGGUAUUGUCAGACAUACUCUCCCAGCCCCAUCAGCAAUGUCUAUGGAAGGAAAGGCCUCAGGCUGGCUCCUGCUCUGGCUGCCUUUGCCAACGGCGUGGCGGCUCAUUCGAUGGACUUUGACGACACCUGGCACCCGGCUACUCACCCUUCUGGAGCUCUGGUGCCGGCUCUCCUUGCAGCCGCCCAGAUGCUGCCAGCAGCCUGCAGACCCAGCGGCCUCGACUUCCUGUUGGCUUUUAAUGUGGGCCUUGAGGUGCAAGGAAGGCUCCUGCGCUUCUCCCGCGAAGCUCACAACAUCCCCAAGAGGUUCCAUCCUCCCUCUGUGGUUGGCACCAUGGGCAGCGCUGCCGCGAUAGCCAAGCUCCUCUCCCUGGAUGCAGCCCAGUGUGGCCAUGCCCUGGCAAUCGCAGCCUCGCUGGCAGGGGCACCCAUGGCAAAUGCUGCCACCUCGGCCAAGCCCUUGCACAUUGGCAACGCCACCCGCCUUGGCCUAGAGGCGGCACUCCUAGCGGCCCGUGGGAUGGAGGCCAACCCACUCAUUUUGGACCAUGUCCCCGGCUGCGCUGGCUUCAGUGCUUUCUAUGGAGACUACCAGCCCAGGCCACUCAACCUGCUGGCCAACAGCCACUGCAUGUUCCUCCUGGAGAAGCAGGACGUUGCGUUCAAGAGCUUCCCGGCCCACUUGGGAAUGCACUGGGUGGUGGAGGCUGCCCUCUCGGCCAGGAAACUUUUGAUCCAUGACCCCAGCUCCUCCCUCUCACCCUCUACUAUCCACACCAUCGUCCUGAGAGUCCCACCCUCCAAGUACAUUAACAGGCCCUUCCCUGAAUCCGAGCAUGAAGCCAGGCACUCGUUCCAGUUCAAUGCCUGCACGGCCCUCUUGGACGGGAACAUGGGCAUCUCUUCUUUUGAGGAGGGCAGUGCCGGCCGCCAGCAGCUCAAGCAACUGCUCUCCAAGGUGGUGGUGGAACACCCAGAGGACAACGAGGACAACUUUGACAAGAUGUAUGCUGAAGUGGUGCUGAUCCUGCAGAAUGGAGACAUGCUCACUGGCCGAUGCAACACUUUCUAUGGGCACUGGAGGAAACCUCUCAGUAGAGAGUCCCUCCUGAGGAAGUUUCGGUCCAACGCAUCUCGGGUGCUUCCAGAAGACAACAUAGGCAGCAUUGUUGAAACAGUGGACAACCUCGAGAACCUCUCAGAUAGUUCCUUGUUGGCUUCUUGCUUGUAA